CACCCUUUAAGGACCAAUGUACCCCAUAGCUCAUGGAAGAAAAAAAUCAAAUCAGGCCAUCCUUGGUUUCCAGGCUACCGAAAUAUGGAACGAAAACUUUAGGAAGUGUUUUGCAACCUAUGCCAAACGGGACAGCUGUUAGUUUAGCAGGGAAUAAUGGUGGCAAAAGUUUCAGCAAGCACAAUGGCACUGUUCGCAUGUCUUCCUUUUCUUUCAACUGGAAAAAGUCAAAUAAAUAUCAACCUCAUGAUCAAAAUGGGAGAGACACCAACCCAAAAAAUAACUGUAAUGAAAAAUUAAUUGAUUCUGACAGGUAUUCUCAAUCUCAAGGAGCAUUGGGUAAUGAUGUGCUCAGGGUGGGUUUGAACAGUACUCCUUCGGUUACAUCAAAAGCAGCAAAACAAACCAGUAUGUUUGUAUCUUCUACUGAGGAAUUAAACCCAAAGUCUUUGCCUGGACUCUCUAGUUCAGCAAAAUUUGCCAAAGGAACCCUGUCUGGAAGGACCUCGUAUUCUGGACUCAAUGCUCCAAAAUCCCAUUUAAAUGGAUUUUAUGGAAAUAGGACGGUGGUAGGUUUGCAGAGACCUAGAGCUAAUUCCAGUUCCACAAGGACAAAAUCAGGAGAAGGCUUGGCACAAUCUACAGACAACAGCAAGGCUUUUUCCUGUGAAAAGAUGGUAAGAUCACAAAGUUUUUCACAUUCCAUUCAGAAUUCUUUCCUUCCCACUGCAUCUUUAACCAGGUCACAUUCUUUUAAUAAAGCUGUGGAUCUUACAAGGCCUUAUCAUACUCAAAAUCUAGCUGCCAGGACAUCUCAGAGGUCAACUUUGUUAUCAAGAAAUGCAUGUCAGUUGGAUGUACCUAAUGGAAAUGAACCUAUGAAGUAUGGAUUUGCCAGACCCUACUCUGGUAUGUCGGCUCCUUGUUCAAAGAAGCCCCCACUAUCAAAUGGAUCUGGGUCAGCACCUUCUUUUGGAUACAGAUUAAGUCGGCCUUCUCUGCUGAAGCCUACCCGGCAGCGUUUUGCUGGAAAUAUUGAUAGCAACAAAAGUACAAUUCCUGACACGUGCAUCAUGGAGAACUCUGAAAUUGCAACAAAUAUUAAUAGAACAAUCGAGAAAAACAGUGUUAUAGAGAGCAAUACUCAAAGAACAGGAUCUGAUGAGGGUUUGCAUGAAAGUAUGGGAAAACAUGGGUCAAAAGUCAUGUGUAUGAGCGAUGAUGGAGAUGAGAUAUCUAUAUCUUCUUUGUCAUCCUCUGAAAAAAUUGAUUUGAGUGAAGACUUCAGUGAUGAUUUCAUAGAUAUAGAAGACCCAAACAGAACUAUACAAAUACAGCAAAAGGAGAACUGCCUUCAAGAAUUAGAUCAUGGGAAUACAACGUCAAUCGAACCAUUCAUUUCUCUCAAGGAAAGUGGAGGAUCUUGCUGUAAUGCCGAGGAGUGGCUUGAUAUAAAUAUGUCUGCAGUGGAUGACAACAGUGAAAGCACAAAGCAUACUGCCGAGAAUGUGAUUUCUCCAGAGAUGAAUUACAGAGCUGGAUCCUCUUUUGAGCUUUCUCCAUCUGAUAGCUCUGAUGGCACGUAUAUGUGGGAUGAAGAAGGGUUGGAACCUAUUGGAAGUGUCCAUCCAUGUGGAAGUUACGAAUCUUCAGAAAUGAACAGCAUA